AUGAAUAAACGAAAACAGUCUACGCUCUUAGAGUUUUGUAAUAAAAAAAAGAACAAUAGUUCCAAUUCUACUGUGGUAACUGCGGAUGUCGAUGAUGCAGUUGUAAUAUCCGAGGUAAUACCAGCGUCAACAACAACUUAUAAUAAAGUAACUACUAGUAAUAAUAGUAAUAUCGAGGUAGAAAAUGAUAUUUCCUCAUUAGUUAUUAGUAAUGAUAUCGGUCUUUAUAUUAAUUCAUCACGUGUUAUUGAAGAUACUGUUAAAAUAAAACUUUUGGAAAAUAAGUGGAAACCACCCCCUAGCUUUAAAUAUCCGUUUUCAGUUCAUAAAAAACAGGGAAAGGAAGAAAAACGAUUUUUGAGGUAUAACCAUUUUGAACAAUAUCCAUGGCUUGUUUAUUCGGAGUCAUUAUCUGGUUGUUUUUGUUUAUACUGUACAUUGUUCUUGGUUCAAAAUACUGGUGGAAAACAAAAUACUGAACAAUUAAAAAAAUUAGUUACAGUUCCUUUAAAGAAAUAUGCUAAAUUACUAGGCAAACAUGGUGAUUUGGAAACUCAUAGUAACAAUGAUUAUCACAAAAAUGCUAUCUUAUGUUCUGAAGAUUUUGUACGAACACAUCUCUGUCCCGACAAACGAGUAGAUAAUUUAUUAAGUACCGAACGUUAUAGACAAGUAACUGAAAACCGAAAUCGGUUAAAGCCAAUUGUUGAAUCUAUAAUAUUUUUGGGCCGCCAAAAUAUUGCGUUUAGAGGACACCGCGACCAAGGAAAUUUAACUGAUAAACAUAAUUUAAAUGAAAUUAAAAUAUCAUCUUCUGUAGUUAACGAAGGCAACUUUCGUGAACUUUUGAGAUUCCGUAUUGGAUCUGGAGAUGAUUGCUUAAAAAAUCACUUGCUUACAGCACAUUCAAAAGCAACAUAUAUCUCACAUACCACACAAGAUCAAUUGAUUAAAUGUUGCAAAGAAGAAAUACUAACGAUUAUUUUAAAAGACGUAAAAAAAAGUCGAUAUUAUAGUAUUAUAUUUGAUGAGACCACGGACAUAGCUCAUAUUUCUCAAAUGAGCUUAAUUUUAAGAUAUAUCGAUGAAAAAAAUCAAGUUUUUGAACGAUUUGUCGGAUUUUUGAAUUGUCAUGAUAAAUCUUAUGAUAAUGCAAAUGUUGACGAAGAACUUCAAGUAAACGAACCCAAAUUGACUGGAGAAAAAUUAGGAGAUAUUGUAGUAUCUAUUUUAAAAAGCAUGUCACUGGAUCUUGAAAACUGUGUUGGUAUUGGAACAGACGGAUGUUCGGUCAUGAUUUCUCAACUUCGUGGUGCUGUUCAACAGGUCCAAAAACAUUGUGUAAAUGCUGUACACAGUCCCUGUUCUAACCACGCAUUAAAUUUAUCAAUUUCAAAGUCAUCAGACGUACAGCUUGUAAGAAAUACAAUGGGUAUUAUAAAAGAAAUAAUAUCAUUUUUUAAAUUAUCAUCAAAGCGAAAUUUUGUUUUGAAGAACAAUCUUAAAGGAUGCAGACGUUCCAUAACUAGUUUAUGCGAAACAAGGUGGGUUGAACGUCAUACUAGCAUUUUUGAAUUUCAGUCUUGUUUAUCAGAAAUUAUAGAAAGUUUAACUGACAUAUCUGAAUGGACUGACCAUAUUUCUUCGUCAAAAGCUAAAACACUUUUAAUGGCUGUAACUUGUUGUGAUUUUAUUAUUACCUUAUUUGCAUUGACAGACGUUUUAAGUGUUACACUACCAGCCAGUAGACUUUUGCAAAGUUACGAUAGAGACAUUGCAGAAGCAUCUGAUAUAAUCAAUGGUAUUAUACUUACCCUCUCUGGAAAACGAUCUAAUUGUGAAUCAGACUUUUCACAAUUAUUUGAACAAAGUAAGAAUGUUAUGAAUACAUUGGACAUUGAUUUAAAAUUACCAAGAAUUGCCAAACGCCAAACACAAAGAUCUAAUACUCCUGCUCAAUCACCAGAAGAAUAUUAUCGUCGAGUUUUAUAUAUUCCAUUACUCGAAAACAUUUCAGAAGACUUGCAGUCACGUUUUCUUAAUACAAAAACUAAAGGAACAUUUAUAUUGAUGCUGCUUAUACCAUCCAAUGUUUUAAACAUAUCAAAUGACAAAAAACACGAACUUCUUCAGGCUGUAACAUAUCACUAUGCAUACUUGGAUAUUAAUAUUUUACAAUUUCAAGGAGAAAUAGAACUAUGGAAAACCAAAUGGAUUGAAAGUAAAAAUGAAUGUAAAACAAUUCCUGAAAACGUAUUAGAAUCAAUUACGCAAUGUAAUGAAAUACUAUUUCCCGGGAUCAGAAAAAUACUGAUUAUAUUAGCUACUUUGCCAGUAAGUGUUGCUUCCGCAGAGAGGAGUUUUUCGACGUUACGCAGAUUAAAAACUUGGUUAAGAAGUCAAAUUGGACAGGAAAGAUUGACUGGUUUGGCACUGUUGCAUGUACAUCGCGAUAUAGAAUUAGAUGCAUGGAAAAUAAUAGAUCGGUUUGCAGAACACAAACGCUUUAAAGAAUUUGUUUUAUAG